AUGACCCUGGGCAGCUGCUGCUGCGAGAUCAUGUCCUCCGAGAGCUCCCCGGCCGCGCUGUCCGAGGCCGACGCAGACAUAGACGUGGUGGGCGGCGGCGGCGGCGGCGGGGGGGAGCUCCCAGCCCGCUCCGGGCCCCGCGCCCCCCGGGACGCGCUCCCCCACGGCCACGAGCCUCCCCCGGAGGAAGCGGAGGCGGACGUCGCCGAGGAUGAGGAGGAGUCGGGUGGCUGCUCGGACGGCGAGCCCCGCGCCGUAGCGCCCCGGGGGGCGGCGGCGGCCGCAGGAAGCCCAGGGCCCGGCGCGGCGUCGGCGGCGGCGGCCAGGGGCGCGGCGGGGCCCGGGCCGGGACCGCCGUCGGGGGGCGCGGCGACGCGGAGCCCGCUGGUGAAGCCGCCCUACUCGUACAUCGCGCUCAUCACCAUGGCCAUCCUGCAGAGCCCCAAGAAGCGGCUGACUCUGAGCGAGAUCUGCGAGUUCAUCAGCGGCCGCUUCCCCUACUACCGGGAGAAGUUCCCCGCCUGGCAGAACAGCAUCCGCCACAACCUCUCGCUCAACGACUGCUUCGUCAAGAUCCCCCGCGAGCCGGGCAACCCGGGCAAGGGCAACUACUGGACGCUGGACCCGGAGUCGGCCGACAUGUUCGACAACGGCAGCUUCCUGCGGCGCCGCAAGCGCUUCAAGCGGCAGCCGCUGCCGCCGCCGCACCCGCACCCGCACCCAGAGCUGCUGCUGCGCGGCGGGGCCGCUGCUGCGGGAGACCCCGGCGCCUUCCUGCCGGGCUUCGCCGCUUACGGCGCCUACGGCUACGGCUACGGGCUGGCGCUCCCGGCCUACGGCGCGCCGCCUCCGGGGCCAGCCCCGCACGCGCACCCGCACCCACACCCGCACGCCUUCGCUUUCGCCGCGGCCGCUCCGUGCCAGCUGUCGGUCCCCCCGGGCCGCGCCGCCGCGCCUCCACCCGGACCUCCGACUGCCUCCGUGUUCGCCGGCACAGCCUCGGCUCCGGCUCCUGCGCCUGCCCCGGGGUCCGGCCCGGGCCCCGCAGGCCUGCCCGCCUUCCUGGGCGCCGAGCUGGGCUGCGCCAAAGCCUUCUACCCCGCGUCCCUGAGCCCUCCCGCCGCCGGCACCGCGGCGCUCCUGCGCCAGGGCCUCAAGACGGACGCGGGCGGAGGUGCGGGCGGCGGGGGCGCAGGAGCCGGGCAGAGGCCUUCCUUCUCCAUAGACCACAUCAUGGGCCACAGCGGCGGCGGCGGGACCGCACCCCCAGCCGGAGGCGAGGGCUCCCCGGUGCCUCCGUUCGCGACCGCCGCGGGGGCCGGGGGUCAAGCCCAGGUCUUGGCCAUGCUGACUGCCCCGGCCCUUGCUCCGGUGGCCGGCCACAUCCGCCUCUCGCACCCCGGGGACGCGCUCCUGUCCUCAGCGCCCCCGUUUGCCGGCAAAGUCGCUGGCCUCAGUGGCUGCCACUUCUGA